GGAAGUCAACCUUGCCCUUCACAAACAUCCAGUAUCGUGCUUGCCGAAGACUUUUUUACUAAACGAAGAGAUAUUUUCCUGACUUGUAGUUGUAGAAGAGACGAUCAGCAAUCCACUGCUGUGUUUUUAUCAUAAACAAUCAUCACAAAUAGACAACAAAUAGACAACAAAACAAGUUAACAAAACAAUGGCAACUAAUGAUGUUUUAACUUUCUAUCAGUGUGUUGUAUGCGAUGAAAUUUUUAAACAAAAUAAUGAUUUAGAAAAACACAAUAAGAUACAUGUUAAAGAAGAGAAAACUGAUGAUGUAGAUGAAUAUUGUCAUGUUAAAGAAGAGAAAACUGAUGAUGUAGAUGAAUAUUGUCAUGUUAAAGAAGAGAAAACUGAUGAUGUUGAUGAAUAUUGUCAUGUUAAAGAAGAGAAAACUGAUGAUGUAGAUGAAUAUUGUUGUGCUAAAGAAGGGAAAACUGAUGAUGUAGAUGACUAUAGUAAUGUUACAAAAGAGAAAACUGAAGAUGUCGAAAGUGUUUAUCAGUCUGAUUUGUGUUAUCAAAAAUUUAAAUCACAAACAAAUUUAGAAAGGCAUCAGAAAUUGUAUGUUAGUAAGCAAAGACAAACCGUCAAAAGGGAUUAUAAAUGUGAUGUUUGUAGUAAAUCAUUUAGUAACAAUAGUAAUUUACAGCACCAUAAAAAGAUUCAUACCGGUGAAAAACCUUAUGAAUGUGAUGUUUGUAGUAAAUCAUUUAUUCAGAAAGGUAAUCUACAGGUACACAUGAAAAUUCAUACAGGUGAAAAACCUUAUAAGUGUGAUGUUUGCAGUAAAUCAUGUAGUCACAAAAGUAAUCUACAGAGUCACAUGAAAAUUCAUUCUGGCGACAAGCCUUAUAAGUGUGAUGUUUGUAGUAAAUCAUUUACUCAUAUUUAUUCUCUGCGGAUACACAUCAGAACACACACAGGUGAAAAACCCCAUAAAUGUGAUGUUUGUGGUAAAUCAUUUUCUGAAAGAAGUAAUCUACAGAAUCACAUAAGAAUUCAUACUGGGGAGAAGCGUUUUAAAUGUGAUGUUUGUAAUAAAUCAUUCAUCCAGAAUUAUAGUCUACAGCUCCACAUGAGAAUUCAUACAGGUGAAAAGCCUUAUAGAUGUGAUGUUUGUGGUACAUCAUUCAGUGAUAGCACAUAUCUACAAACACACAUGAGAAUUCAUACUGGUGAAAAACCAUUUACGUGUGAUGUUUGUAAUAAAUCUUUCCUAGCACGAGGUAGCCUAAGUAGGCAUGUGAGAAUUCACACGGGGGAAAGGCCAUAUCAGUGUGAUGUUUGUAAUAAAUCAUUUACCCAGAGGUGUAAUCUACAGAUACAUGUCAGAAUCCAUACUGGAGAAAAAAUGUGAUGUUUGUUGUAAAUUUCGCCUGUCCAACCUCGUGGGUUUUCUCCGGGUCCUCCGGUUUCCUCCCACUGCUAAAGACCCCUACGCGCAAGCGAAAUAUGGAAAUAAAAUUAAACCAUAUGUUAGUCCCGAAAUGACCUAGUUUGUGUCGAGUGGAUGUUAAACCCCAUUUCUCUCUCUCUCUCUUGUUGUAAAUUAUUUCGACAGAAUGGUAGGCCUACUCUUGAACUUGGGAACGCGAACAGGAUAGAAAACUUAAAAUGAAAUAUUUUCAGGAAAUCAUUUCAUCACAUGUGGUCUUGGCUAUGAAUGUAACUCAGUAUUUUUUUCCAUUGUCAGAGGUGCUGGAUUGAAAUAGCAUUAAGUUGUAAGAUAGGACUAAACACAUAAAUUCCAUGUCUCUAACUUAAUAUCAUCCACCAAAGUCUUCAACAUUGAAAACAAAAAUUAUUUGUCAAUUUAAAUUAACAUUGAUAUUGUGAUCUUAUCGGGAAAAGAUGGAUUUCUGAGAGAGAGAAAUGGGGUUUAACAUUCACUCAACACAAACUAGGUUAUUUCGGGACCAACACAUGGUUCAAUUUUAUUUCAAUAAUUCGUUUGCGUGUAGGGGUCUUUUAGCAGUGGGAAAAAUCCCACAAGGUUGGACAGAUGACCCUAAUCUUUGUCACGUACAACUGGGAAUCGAAACCAUGCCAGUUGUCUCAAUGACAGACCUUAUGAUACAGCCUGCACAUGCUAACCAUUCAGCCAUCCAACCCCCCAACAGUUGACUCGAAGAACGAGGCUAAACAUAUUCCACAAGGCAUGCCAAACGGUGACGACAUAUUCUAAUCUAGAGUGCAUGCACAAUAAAUACUAUCGGUGUAGACUAGAAUAAUCAGAUGGUAAAGAUUGCCAUAGGAUUGAGACUUCUGGCGUAUUUCGCCGAACAUAACCGAUUUGAAAUUAGAGUAAAAACGGAAACGAUUGAAUGUAAAUCAGUUUUUAUAUAUUCAUAUUACAUUAUUAUAUCUGUUUUAACCCAUUUGUGUCAAUUUCCAGGUCCUAAAUAUUAGAGUGCAUGCACAAUAAAUAUUAGUGAUUUAGCUCCUUUAAUUGACUGUUAUUGUUUGUUGGGUCCAUGGGUGAUAACAUAGAUAAUGUGUCUUAUUUUUAUGGGCCGUGGAUCACGGUGGCUAAGUGGUUAAGACGCUGGCUCGCUAGCCUGGAGGUCAGGUGUUUGAUCCCUGCAUUGGCCGAGAAAGUUCAUUCAGAUUUUCCGCCGUGGUUUCCCCUUGUCAGUGAUGCAGGACGGAGGGCCGGACAAGGAAAGCUGUCUAGUCUUUCGGAUGAGACGAAAAACCAAGGUCCCGUGUAUACAUUGGAAUGCACAUAAAAGAUCCCUUGGCAGUUGGAAUUUGAUAUAAGAGUAGGCGAUAGUGCCGCUGCCCGGGCAAAAUUUCCCUCAUAGCACACUGUAUGGCGUAUGCCCAUCUUCAUUAGCCCAGUAUAGGAGCAGAACAGU